UAGACAAUAUGGCGGGUAAUAUGGACCAGGAGCUGUCAGAAGAAAUCAAUCACGUCUUUGAAGAUAUCUACGCUUCCAAUGACCCGAAUAAUGACAUCAUAGGAGAGACUGGAAACUUUGCAAUCGAUGUUCAAACUCGGACACCCAAAAGUUCAAAAGUCUGGAAGCUGAACUAUCUUGAGGCAGCCAUUUAUUUACAAGAAGGAGAAAACAAUGAUAAAUUUUACACACACCCUAGAAGUCAUGAAGCCUUGCCUGCAUACCAAAUUGCUCAUAAUAGAUGGUUCCAUGUGCUUGAUCUUGUUGCAGCGGUGCUUGUACUCCUACUGGCAGCUUGUGAGAGGCCAGCUGUAGAUUUCCUUAAGUUACCUGUGGGGGUUCAUGGAUCCCUGGAAAUUCUACUGUUGCUGGUUCUCAGCUUGGAGUUAGGAAUCAGAAUGAAAUGGUUGGGCUGGAAAGUCUAUUUUCAUCAUCCAAGAACUGUUAUGAAGACGUGUAUGUUGUGUAUUAUGUUGACAGAAGCUGUUGUUGUAUUGAUUAGACAGACCAAUCAUUUUCGUGUUACACGGGCAUUGCGACCAAUAUUUCUACUGAAUUCCCAUUAUUGCAGGAGUGUUAGAAGAAUAGCACGACAAACAUUGCAGUCCCUCCCCCCUAUUUUUGACAUGUUAGUUCUACUCAUGUUCAUAAUGCUGAUAUUUUCUAUUUUAGGAUAUUAUUUAUUCUCCACUGUGCCAAAUAAUCCUUAUUUUGCAACGUUAAAGGACAGUUUUAUAAGUUUAUUUAUAUUGCUGACUACUGCAAAUUAUCCUGACGUGAUGUUACCAGCUUAUAAUGACAGUAGAUUUGCAGCACUUUUCUUUAUAGUAUACCUUGCUAUAGAAUUAUACUUUGUUAUGAAUUUGUUUUUGGCUGUAGUGUAUGACACAUUCUCAGGGUUUGAAAAGAAAAAGUUGCGUAAACUUUUCUUCCAUAAAAGAGAAGGUUGCAGACUGGCCUUUAAAUUACUGACCACUAAAAAGGAUCAAAAGUUAAUCUCAUUGAGGGCAUUUCUUGGAAUUUUGGAAUAUUUUAGACCAGACCUGAGUAGAAAAGAUGGAUAUUUGAUGUUUAAAGCAUUGAACACAAAAAAGAAUGGUAAACUGAGUUUAGAGGAGUUUUAUGAGAUUUACGAUUUCUGUGAUCUCAAAUGGAAGUCUACGUCUGUAGAGGAGGAACUUUGGUCAUCUAACUUCAGACAUCCGUGUAACAAAAUAUUUAAAGCAUUAUACUGGUUUGCCACAUGGAAAUGGUUUGAUAGGGUGAUUUAUUUGAUAAUAACAGCCAACUUUGUAUCAAUCCUGAUAGAGACAAUACAGUUCUCAAUGAAGGGGAUGUCUGUAAGCUCCCAUACUUACAAUCUCUCCUAUACAUCAAUAGCUUUUGUGUGCAUUUAUUGUGUGGAAGCAAUGAUAAAAGUAUUGGGAAAAGGCCCACUGGAAUAUUUUACAAAUGGUUGGGACUUGUUUGAUUUUCUGGUGACAAUUCUCAGUCUGGCAGGUGUGUUAGGGGAAGCAUAUUAUGACAGCUUCUAUUAUGUAACUGUGCUACGACCGUUUAGAUUACUGAGAUUAUUUAAGAUAAAGAAAAGGUAUAGAGACGUGCUUGGUACAUUAUUCAUGUUGAUGAACAGAUUAUCAGGAUUGGUCAUUGUGAUAAUAUUGGUGUAUUAUUUCUUUGCCAUUAUUGCUAUGGAAGUUUAUCUGAAUACUGAUCUUACUAAUUGUUGCAAAAACACAACUGUGGAAUCUUACUAUGCAAAAAGCAAUGUGACUCAGGGUUAUUAUUACCUCAAUAACUUCCACAAUAUCUUUAUAUCAGGAGUGACAUUAUUUGAGCUAACUGUAGUAAACAACUGGUAUAUUAUAAUGGAAGGAUAUGCCCACCAUGUCAGUGAAUGGUCACGAUUGUACUUCAUGUGUUUUUAUAUAGUCAUGAUGGUGGUGAUGAAUAUAGUUGUAGCAUUUGUACUCGAGUUGUUUUUAUUCCGGAUUACAUACAGACGUGCUAUGCAUCUAGAGGAUAUUGAUGAUCAUUUAAAGUUAACAAAGGAGAUAAGCUUGAGUGUUGAUGAGAAACAUAUGUGUGAUCAACCAGACAGUAUUAUGUUAGGUGACCAUAUCUUCAACCAGGCUCACUCCCCUGACAUAUCUACACCUUUGUUAUAUAGAGGGGAGAGAACUAGAAGUAAAGAAGAUUUCAGCUUGAGAAUGUAUCAGGAUGAAGUUAUGGCUUGGAUACAGGAGGAGAACCACGAGAGGGAGGACGUCAUAAGUGGACUGGAGGAAAUGAGGCGGCAUCGUAGAUCAACUGCUAAUUCUCAUAAUGGAAUCAUGUGAUAGUAUGUAGACAAGAGGCGGAGUCUUAGAUCACAAGAGGUGGAGUCACAGAUUAUCCACCAACCCUUAUAUUGGAAUCAUGUGAUACUGUCUAGAUAAAAGGUGGAGUCAUAGAUCAUCCAUCAACUCUUAUGGUGGAAUCAUGUGAUAUUAUCUUGAUGAAAGACCCAGUCAUAAAUCACUGUUUAACUCACAUAGUGUAGUCAUUUGAUAUUAUCUAUGCAAGAGGCGGAGUCAUAUAUCGCAAGAGGUGGAGUCAUACAUUAUCAACUAAUCCUCUUAAUGGAAUCAUGUGAUGUUAUCUAGGGAAAAGGUGUUGUCAUAUAUCAACCACCAACUCUCAUAUUAGAGUCAUGGGAUAUAUAGACUGAGUAGGUGUCAUGGAUCAACUACACACUUUCAUAAUUGAAAUAUGUGUUAUUACCUGGACAAGAGGCGGAGUCAUAGAUCAUCCAUCAACUCUCAUAAUGGAAUCAUGUGAUAUUAUCUAGACAACAGUCGCAGUCUAGAUUAACCAUCAACUCUCAUAAUGGAAUCAUGUGAUAUUAUCAAGACUGAGCCA